AUGGCAGAGAUCCCCGUAGCAGCACAGGAGGGCGCACACAACGUCCCCGUCCCAGGCGCACCCGCCACCGACAUCCCCACCGCCCCCGGCGAGCAGCCCACCGCCUCCCACCCCACAGCCUCCACAGACCCCCACAAGCCAUCCUCACAAUCAGCCCCCACUGCCCUCCCUACCAACCCCGCCACCAGCCCCGGGGAGCAGAAACACGCCAUUAAAGAGGAGCAUCCCAAGGUCGUCAAGCGCGAGGUCGAAAAAACCAAAGCCGAGGCGAGAGAGCUCAAGGGUGAACCCGCGCAGGGCACCGUCGUCCAUGGCGUCGAGGAUGACAGGCUCUGGGCCAUGCUCAGGCGAUUCGACGUCCAAGUCACCCACGUCCUCCACCCCGCCCACAAGCUGCCCCCAGCCGAGCCCGACCUCCGUGUAUCGCCCCUCCCCAACCUCCCUUCCCACACCGAAGUGCUCCGCUCCAACCUCGAGCGCGUCAUCGCUGCCGUCGGACCCUCCUCUGUCCGAGGCGCGCGCGAGUUCCAGAGACUCAUGUCUUGGUCUCCCGAAGAGCGCUGGCGUACUGGUACCUAUUGCGCUGCAUACUUUACAGCCUGGGUGUUUGGGUACACGAUGCUGGGCGUGACGAUAUUCUUAUCUGUGCUGGUGUGUUUCCCGUUCACGAGGAGAUACCUCUUCCCGCCUGUGCCACCUGCGCCAUUCACACCGCCCAGUGCGACAGACCCCACAAACCAGAAAGGUGACGAGAGUCUUUUGGGGAAUGUGGAUGGCAAGACGGUGCAUAGGACCAAGCAUGAGCAAGCGGAGGAACAGGCGUUCGAAGUGACGUCUGUUCUGAGGGCUUAUACUACCAGGUUGCUUUGGGACGGUAGGAAGAAGGGUAAAGAGGCCGGCAAUUCUGAAGUUGGCCAAAAGCGAGAAGACUCUUCCGACUCCGACUCUGAAGACGAAUUCAACCCCGAACGUACCAAGGUCGACGGAACGUCCGACACUGCUCAAGGGCUCGACUCUGCUGCCGUCGUCGUGGGCGGAGAAAAUAUUGUGCCCGAGAAGCCGUUGACGGACAAGGAGAAGAAGAAGUUGGCUUCGAGAGAGGCCAAGAGGAAGAGGGAUGAGACGGUGUCAAAGAUGACGAAAGCGACCGAGGAUGGUUUGGGCGCUUUUGCUGAUCUCAUCGAGCGUUUCACCAACGCGCUCUCACCUCCUUCUGCCUACCCCGAAAACUUUGCCCGUUUCAAGAUGGCCGGCGCCUUCCUCCUCCCCCCCGGCCUCCUCUUGACCUACGUCCCCGCUGUCUACUUUGGCCGCGCCGCCACUUUCGCCUUUGGUGUCGGUAUGUGGGCUCAGCCUCUCUUGAUCAAGGGUGUCAAGAAGUUUGUCGAGCUCGUCCCGGACUGGGAGGAGAGGAUGGAUAUGCGAAACUCGAUCUUGUCGCGUGUACCUACGGAUACUCAGUUGACUUUGCACUUGUUGCGAGUCACAGAAGCUCUCGGCACGCCCCUUCCUCGACCUCCCCCUCCCCCUCUUGCUGGCACCCCCAAAGAAGCCAUCGCCGACACCACCCCCGCCACCCACACCGCCGAAGACGACCAAGAACUCCUCGAAGCCCAAAAAGAAGGCGGCACCACCGAAGUCGCGGUCAAAGCCAAACACAAGACCAAGACCCACCUCACCAACGCCUUCAAAAGCGCUGGCAAGCACCUGGCUGGUUUCCGCGGUGAUGUGUCGGUGGACGGGGCUAGGAAACAGGUGAGCAUGAGUAUUGAAGAGUUGAUGGAGAGGUACAAGAUCGAGGAUCGGAGGCUGAUGUGGUUGGGCAAGAUUGGGGAUAAGGUGGAUAAGGUCUUCUUUAGGGGGAAUGUGGCGGACGACUUGACUAUCUCUUCGUAUCCCUGCAAGCUCGACGGCACUUCUGGCCAUAUCAUCCUUGACAGCAAGAAGGAAGGUGUGGCGAUGCCUACUAUCAGCUUUGUCCCCACGUCCGGCAAAGAAGCCGUCUUUUGUCGUCCUAUCGACGAUAUUGUAGAGAUAAAAAAGAGCCACGUGGCUAUGGCGCGCAUGGCCCUCGGCUGGGCUUCCGGUGCCGAUGUGGAAGGUCUCGGCCUCACCAUCCGCUUCAAAUCUGGCGAGCAGCAGCUCAAAGAGCUCACGGCCGGACCAAAGGCAUCCAAAGAAGAUGGCGAGACUGUGCACUUCAAGAGGAUCGGGAGGAGGGAGGCGUUGUUUGUCAGGUUGAUCAGUAUGGGUAGGCAGAGGUGGGAGGUGUUGUAG